AUGCGAAAAUUUCUGCCAUUGAUAUUAGUUUUUUGCUUCGCAGAUUCGUCGCCGGUGAGUGUAGGCACUUUACGAUUCGACAACCUUGACACUGACCUGGAUGAUUUGAAAUACGAGGUGGAAGAGGAAGAUUUGGACGACUACUCAAAGCUUCUUGAUGACGCUGAGGAUGAGAAAAAGAAAACAACAGGAUAUGAAAAGAACAAUAAAGUUAGCAAAAGCGUUAAAGGGAAGAAGAAAGUCACUGAUUUGAAAAAGUUUUUCAAAGGAUUAGGAGCGGAAGAUGAAGGAUACUACGACGAUGACGCUGCUUACGCCUUAGCUGAAGCGGCAGCCGCAGAAGCAGUUGGCGUUAAAGGAAAAGAAGACAGGACUUACAGAAAAGGAACCAAGACUCGAGGCUUUCACCGUGUCCAUCAUAAAGACGAGUACAAAAAAGACAAAGUGUUUUACGAAGAUGAUGAAACCAAGGGAUCUAUUAACAAAGUUGGUGCUAAAGGUCGCGGUUACAGUCUGAGCGGAGGCGCUGGUUUUAAUAAAGGACAUAUCCACCAUAAAUUAAAGAAAGGAGUGUACGGGAAACGAGGGUAUUCUGACAAGGGAACGUUUGAGAAUGAAUUUGAAGGUUAUGGUGAUUCUGAAGGCUUUGAUACUAAGUAUUCGUCCGAUAGUUGA